AUGGAUACCAAAAACGCAUUCCUCAUCCUUGGUCUAUUGGUCAUGGUUCUUCUUAUUUCCUCACAAGUCUCAGCUAGCAGGGACUUAACCGAGACUUCCACUAAUACAAAAGAUGAAGUUGUUGAAAAACCAGAUGAAUUAAAUGAUGCCAAAUAUUACGGUGGAGGCGGCGGUUACAAUGGUGGUGGAGGAGGCUACAACCAUGGAGGUGGUGGCUACAACGGUGGUGGAGGAGGCUACAACCACGGUGGUGGUUACAAUGGUGGUGGAGGAGGAUACAACCAUGGAGGUGGUGGUUACAACGGUGGUGGAGGAUACAACCACGGUGGUGGUUACAAUGGUGGGGGAGGAGGAUACAACCAUGGCGGUGGAGGAGGUUACAAUGGUGGUAGUUCCAACAAUGGUAACUGA